UUCUUGUCUUAUGACGAGAGGUAGGAUUUAUCCAGUCCCCUGCCGCCUUCACAAAAACGACUUCCGAGGGUUUAUUAAGGUGGGGGGUUUUGAUUUCGUUUGAACAAACAAAUAAAGGAGGAGAGAAGAUAGAGGCGGCACUGGCACUGGCACUGGCACUGGCAGCGGAGGAGGAGGAGGUGGUUGUGCCUGCGUAAAUGACUACUCCAACUCCUACAAGAAUUCUUCCCGCACCGCCUUGUUACUAUGCGACCUAUAAUUCCCCACGGGCACCACCCAACAACAAUUCCGGUUCUUACUACAAUAUUGGUACCUGCAGCAAUCUUUCCCUUGUUCUUCCCUCCUCCUCUAAAAUCAACCUCGCUCUUUGGUACAAAUCUUCUUGCUCUCCCCCCAAAAUCAAUAUUUUCCUCUGCUGCUGUAAUCAUAAUAAUCAUCUUCCUCCUCUUCCCCUGGAGCCCAACGGCGUCGACUCUCAGGACUCUUGUACCCUAAAACAACAAGAAGAAGAAGAAGAAGAAGCAACAGCAACAGCAACAGCAGCAGCGAGAGAAGCAAUCUCGGAAAUUCUUCUAGAGUUUGGGGCUUCCAAGGAGGACUCCAUUGACAUUGCUCUGCGAUCACCUAAAUACUUGGCCAUGCUUGUUGAUAGCGUUCGCGAAUUAGAUGACCUCUCCCUCUGGGAUUCCUUGACCAGAAGGACCGGCAGCCAAGAAGAAGAAUCAAUUCCCCUCUCAUUAAAAGAUAAGGUGUACUACAUGGCCAAGGAGAAAGCCGACAAAGGCAAGAUUCCCUUUCUGGAGAGCCUCGGCCUUGGUCUUCCAUCCGCUACACAUUUGGCACGUCGUCUCUCUUCCCAGACGCUUCCUAACCUCAUUACCAAGGUUAAGUACGUGAAAGAAAUGUUCUUUCCUAACAGUGACGAUGGAGGGCUUAUUGGGAAGAAGGCUCGCCGUAUGAUGAUGUACCUAUCAAUCCCUAUUGAUGAGGACGUGGAGCAAACCUUAUCAUUUUUUGAGAAGGUUGAAGCAAGGCGUGGAGGUUUGGACAUGUUGGGGUCCAGAGAUGCCACUUUUCAAUACCUCAUUGAAUCAUUUCCACGUCUUCUUUUGCUAUCAUUGGAGUACCAUAUGAAGCCAAUGGUGAACUUCCUUGAAAGUAUAGGAGUGCCUAGAGGAUGCUCGAGGAGUAUUCUUAUAUUGUUUCCACCGAUUCUUUUCUACGACAUUGAGAAGGAUAUUAAACUGAGUAUCCAAGCUUUUAAGAAGGUAGGUGCAGGUAUCGAAGAUUUUGCUGGGAUGUUGCUGAAUUAUCCAUGGAUUCUUUCUAGAAGCAUUCAAGAAAACUAUGAAGAGAUCCGUUUUUUCUUUGAGAGGGAGAAGGUACCAAAAGUCAGCGUUGAUCUGGCAAUCAAAAGCUGGCCUCUUCUUUUGGGUUGUUCGGUGAGCAAGCUGAAGGUGAUGGUGGAACAGUUUGGGGAGUUAGGUGUUAGGAACAAGAAGUUGGGUCGGGUGAUCACAAGAAGUCCUCAGCUAUUACUACGGAAACCUCAAGAAGUUCUGCAGGUGGUUUCGUUCUUGAAAGAUUUGGGACAUGAAGAGGAAACCAUUGGCAGCUUAAUUGGUCGCCGUCCUGAUAUCUUCGCUGCAAGCAUUGAGAAAACUCUCAAGAAGAAACUUGAUUUCCUUGCUACGGUUGGCGUCUCUGAAAGCCAUCUUCCACGGGUUAUCAGGAAAUAUCCAGGGCUUUUUCUAUGUGCCGUUGACAGAGCUAUGCUUCCUCGAAUGAAGUACUUACUGGAGAUCGGGCUGUCAGAGAGGGAUGUUGCAUUUAUGGUCCGCAGGUUCUCACCACUUCUAGGCUACGAUAUUGACACGGUUUUGAGGCCCAAGGUGGAAUUCCUUGUGAACAUCAUGGAAAAGCCGUUGAAGAAUGUGGUGGAGUAUCCAAGGUACUUCAGUUACUCAUUGAAGAAGAAGAUAAAGCCCAGAUAUUGGUUGCUAAAGAGAAGGAAGGUUGAAUGUAGCUUGAAAGAUAUGUUAGGUAAGAAUGAUGAGGAAUUUUCAUCUGAGUUUUUGGAUGUUGAAAGGAUGCUUGCUUCCCCUUAUCUUGAAAAGGUGGCAGAUAUGCUGUGUAAGAAUGAUGGUGGUUGAAGAUGUGUGUCAGGUUUGAAGGAAUGAAGAGGAAUUUGCGUAGUGUUUCUAGGUGUUAGAAGGAUGCUUAUUUCAAAGCUUAGGCUAUUAGGAAAUGGGCCCUACUAUGCAGAUCAAGCCAUUCAACACCCUUCCUUAUGUGCUACCUUGUCUUGCACGUGGAGAUGCAAACAUCCAUACAUAUUGCGAAAGAGAGUAUAGGGGUGAAACAUGAUACAAUCGGGAAACAAAUGGAAACGGAGAGACUUGAACCCAAGACCUCUGCUCCCAAAAGUUCUUAAGCUAUUAGCAAAUGAGCCCAACAAUGUAUAUUAUGGUAUUCAACAGUCCAUUCCCUUGAUCUUCAAAUAGUGAUGGAGGACAGGAGGAAUGUAACUUCAAAUAUUUGUUCGGUUAGAGGUGCGGAUCAAUUGCCCUCCCCUAUGCUUCUAGGAGUACUGAUAGAUGAUUCUGCUCCUUUGUGCUCCUGUAUCUAUGAAAAGGUGGCAAGCUUUGUAAAAAAGAAAGGACAGUUGUUGUUGGUGGUUGUUUAUCUUCAGUUUCAGAGCGAAACUUCUUCUUAAUUUCUUGUUUUUUGAUACUACAGGAGAGAUUCAUAGAAGACAAGGCCUAUUAUGUCCAGAAAGUUGAGGGCAAAGUUGUUGGGUCCAGCUGCUCAAACUUUUAUCAUAGGACCGGAGUAUAAGGUUGUUCUUUUUCUAUCCUCUCAUGUGGAAACAAACGUGAGUGAUGCAAGAAUAAUGUGUACGUUUGUUUGUACGUACUAUUAAUAUUUCUACAUCAUGGGAUUAUAUUAGUAUUUAAGAUAAAGGGACUAAGCAAAUUGUUGAAAU